CCGUUCUCUACUCUAGUCAUGUAGAUUUUACUAUCUUUAUCUACAUUGAUUCAAGAGUCUGCACUUGCAAGAAUGAAGCCAGAUGAAUAUUCUAUGCUUACCACCCCCACCACUGUUCCUGCUUUGGUACGUACGGUGUGGUAUUGUCUUUUUGGCCCCCGCGGUUCGACAAUCCCGUCCUUCCCCAUCCAUGCCCGUGCCUUUUCCUCCCUCGUGUCGUGUUGUGUAUUAUCCACCUCCCGCCUAUCAGCCUGCAUGCUCAUUAGUUGUUUACGCUGGCGUCAUGUCGUUAGCACUUCACCUAACCUCUGCUAGACUCCUUCCUUACUUACAUUCCUGGGUAAAGGGGGGGGUCGGAAGAAGUCGUCUCUCCUGCACGUGGAGACUAGACUUGCGUUGCUUUCUUAAUCUUCUUUUAUCCCACCGUCGCCCCCGCGCAUUCAGUCGAGUCCCCUCACCCGAGAAGAACCUUGUCCGACUAUCUACCUGAGUAUCUGUCAGCAAUACCUAUUUCUUGCAAGGUCAGUUCAUUCGCUGCUACCUGUCGCACACUCGACGUUAGAGCCUGGAUGAUCAUUUAUACGUUCCCCCUGCAAUCUAUUGUUUACCCCGAAUUAUCCGUCGGCGAUAGUAAGCUGACUCUCGAAUACGGGAAUAAGGUCCAUAAGUCGAGUGCGCUCAACUUACGAAAGCUGCCUACCAUUCCGACUCCUCUUUCCUCGAUCAGAUACCUCGCUACUAGGUUCUGACUUAACACGCCAAUUCGAAAUUAUC